GAGGAGUUCAGGGUAGCCAGACUGAUGAAGGUGAGGAUCAGCCCGAAGAGGCUCGUUGAGAAAGGCCCCAAGGAUGCCGGGGGACAGCACUUGGUUCUGCGGGCAGGUAGGCCCUGAGGCAUCGCAGGGCUCUGAGGAAAGCAGGCGGUGAGGACUGUGGCUUGAGGGCGCACUGUGCGUCUUGGCAGCGGAGCGCUGGGAUGGGACGCGCCGGCGUGCCGAGUGCAGACAAAUCCCACAGAGGAAAGGCCAACAGCGGGCAGCGAGCCCAGCUCGCACCAACCGCUGCGGCGCCUAGAAAGGCCCGCCCCCUCCCCUCCACGCCCGAUUCUCAUUGGCGCCUCCCAACUCUCUGCGGAUUGGUUACCUCUGGGUCCAAUUAGCCUGGCCUGAGCCCUCCUUCCGGUGAGAGAGACAUCGGCCCCCAGAGAAAGCGGAAGAGCGCGCAAGCGCGCGCUUCACAAAGUCAAGGUAGCUUGAGGGGCUGGGUUUGCGUGCCCAAAGGCUAUGAAGUGCGGGAGACAGAGUGAAAGGGAAAAAGCGUUGAGAGAGCAGAGCCUGCGGGGAGUGGAGAAAUUAAAUAAAACUGCGGGCCUUAAAUUAAGAGGCUAGGAUUUGGUGGGUGAGGCCUUGAGGGGCGUGGUCUGUGGGGCCAGGUCUUUUGACAGGUAGAGCCCCUUCCGAGUGGGCAGGACCAUCGAGGGGCGGGUACUGACUGGAAAUGUCAGUGGUCUCCCUUCUGCUGGGUAGCAUGGGCCAUCGCACUCUAGCCUCCUUCCCGGCCCUAUGGGCCUCCAUCCCCUGUCCACGCUCUGAGCUGCGCCUGGACCUGGUUCUGGCUUCUGGACAGUCUUUCCGGUGGAGGGAGCAAAGCCCUGCGCACUGGAGUGGCGUGCUGGCCGACCAGGUAUGGACCCUGACCCAGACUGAGGAGCAUCUUUACUGCACUGUGUACCGAGGGGACAAGGGCAGGGUUGGCAGGCCCACACUGGAAGAGCUAAAGGCCGUGCAACAGUACUUCCAGCUGGAUGUCAGCCUUGCUCCACUGUAUCACCAUUGGAGUUCCGUGGACCCCCACUUUAAAGAGGUGGCUCAGAAAUUCAAGGGUGUGCGACUCCUGCGACUGGACCCCAUCGAAUGCCUUUUCUCUUUCAUCUGUUCCUCCAACAACAACAUUGCUCGCAUCACUGGCAUAGUGGAACGGCUCUGCCAGACCUUUGGACCUCGGCUCAUCCAGCUUGAUGAUGUCACCUACCAUGGCUUCCCCAGCUUGCAGGCCCUGGCUGGGCCAGAGGUGGAAGCUCAGCUCAGGAACCUGGGCCUGGGGUACCGUGCCCGCUUUGUGAGUGCCAGUGCCCGAGCCAUCCUGGAAGAACGGGGUGGACUUCCCUGGCUGCAGCAGCUGCGCAAGGCCCCCUAUGAGGAGGCUCACAAGGCCCUCUGCACCCUGCCUGGAGUAGGCACCAAGGUGGCUGACUGCAUCUGCCUAAUGGCACUGGAGAAACCCCAGGCUGUGCCCGUGGAUGUCCACGUGUGGCAGAUUGCCCAGCGUGACUACAGCUGGCACCCCACCACCAGCCAUGCCAAGGGCCCGAGCCCCCAGGCCAACAAGGAACUGGGUAACUUUUUCCGGAACCUGUGGGGACCUUAUGCUGGCUGGGCCCAAGCAGUGCUGUUCAGCGCUGAUUUGCGCCAACUCCAGCGAGCUCAGGAGCCACCAGCAAAGCGCAGAAAAAGGUGCACAGGGCCGGAAGGCUAGGUGGGGGCACAGAGAAAGGGAUUCCCCAAACACCCCUCCCUACUGCUCCCUCCUACUCUCACCCGUCCAGUCUCAUGUUGGAAAGGGGACUUCCUAUAGCUAUCUCAGGGGCCAGACACCCUCAAAUCAAGCAGUUUGCACAACCAUGUGGGGUAUAGGUUGUCUGAGGAGACAGAGCUGCCUGUGGUUUUAAUCUCUUAUCUUUAUUGUAAGAAGGAACAAUAAAAUAGAAAUAUUUGUA